AUGCGCCAACCGGCGGUCAACAUUAAUCAGCAAGGCAAUGUCGCCAAAGAUGGAGCUACUCAGAUUAUUAACGUCAGUUUGCCCCCAGCUAUUGAUGAAGACCAAAGAGAUAAACACUACCUGCGAGAGUUACUCCUCAGUCAUCCUGAUGAUGAUCUAAGACGCAUCGAGGCCACUAAGGGUGGUCUACUAGACGACUCAUUCCGAUGGAUCCUGGAUACUGCUGAAUUUCAGAAUUGGCAUACCAACUCACAAAGCCAAUUGUUGUGGAUCAAGGGAGAUCCCGGCAAGGGCAAGACUAUGCUUAUGAUUGGGAUAAUCAGAGAACUGUCACGGCAGGUUGACUCACAGCCAUCGCAAUCAAUGGCCUACUUCCUGUGCCAAGCAACCGAUCCCAGACUAAACAAUGCUACCAGCAUCCUGCGGAGUCUGAUCUAUCUGCUGGUUCGACAACAGCCCCAUUUGAUCACACACCUGCGAGAAAGAUACGACACUGAUCCAAAGCUGUUUGACAAUGGGGACACAUUUUACAGCCUAUCUGUAAUCUUUGACAAUAUGGUCCAAAGCUCAACAAGAGCUACGAUAUUUCUGCUGAUUGAUGGGCUCGAUGAGUGUGAAUUGGGUCUACCCGAGUUACUCCGAUUUAUUACCGCGACGACAAAGUCGACUUCAACCGUUCAAGUGAAGUGGGUCGUGUCGAGUCGUAACAGAGACGAUAUCGAGCAAGCACUGGAGUUUGACGAUAGCAAAGACAAGCUCAGCCUGGAGCUUAAUGCGCAUCAUAUCUCUGAUGCUGUUGCGUCAUAUAUCAAUUAUAGAGCCUCUCAGUUAACAGUACUCCAACGUGAUAAAGUUCUCUUGGAACAGGUCAAGGGCCAACUUCUUCAAAGGUCAGAUGGCACAUUUUUAUGGGUGGCCUUGGUAGUUCAAGAAAUGCAGAAGUGCCAGCGUUCGGCAGCGGUGGUUGAGCUGCUAGAAAGAACUCCCCGAGGCUUAAUCCCACUCUACGACCGAAUGCUUCAACAGAUUCUUCGUUUUGAUGGUCUGGAUCGCGACUUAUGCAUAUUAGUCCUCUCAAUCGUGACGCUUGUAUACCGACCGCUUCACCUGCGUGAACUGGGUUGUUUGGCGGGCUGGAAUGAGCGACAAUACAGCUUUAACGAUUUGGAGAAUGUUGUGAGCAUGUGCGGAUCAUUCCUCACAAUUCGGGAUAAGCACGUUUAUCUGGUACAUCAAUCUGCAAAAGACUACCUUAGUGAUGACAAGGUAUCUACUGCAGUUUUCCCGUCAAGGCCCUCUACAAUACACCACAGAAUAGUCCGUGAGUCCCUGCACAGCCUCUCGGACAAACUACGACGCGACAUUUACAAUCUCGGUGAUCCAGCUGUUUCAGCGUCCGAGAUAGCAAGCCCCCCACCCGAUCGUGACCCCCUCAUCGACCUGCGAUAUAGUUGCACGUACUGGAUUGACCAUUUUAUUGAAGAUAUUUUGACAUCUGAUACUGUGUCUAUUUCAAAAGACUAUGAGGUAGCUUCUGACUUCUUCAGGAAACAUCUACUUCACUGGCUAGAGAGUCUUAGUCUGAUUAAUGAGAUGCGACAUGGGAUCUUAGCUCUCAAAAAGCUUGUCCGCUUACAGCAGAAGCAAGCUUCGGCUGAAAGUGGCCCGAGUGUUAGUAUAUCCAAGAAGAUAUUAACAGAUCUAGUUAGUCGGACGGGGCUAAGAUCGCUGGUCUCCAAACAAUCUACCAUUCAUAAGCUGCAUCAGUCAAUCUUCAAAGAGUUCGAGAGGUUUGCGACUAGCUAUGGAUUUAUUAUACAAGAGGCACCAUUGCAAGCAUACAGCGCUGCACUUGUCUUCUGUCCUCAAGCUAGUGAAAGCAAGAAGCUUUAUUGGAGCGAACGGCUGGAUUUUCUUGACCGUGCAGUUGUUAUGCAAGAGGAAUGGGAUCCAUGCGUGCAGGUACUAGAGGGCCACACUCAUUGGGUCAACGCGGUAGCCUUCUCUCCAGAUGGGCAAACAAUCGCAUCUGCCUCAAAUGAUCGUACCGUGCGGCUCUGGGAUUCAGCCACUGGAGUUGAGCGUCGUACCCUGCAGGGCCACAGGAAUUCGGUCAGGGCAGUCGCCUUCUCUCCAGAUGGGCAGACGGUCGCAUCCGCCUCAAAUGAUAAUACUGUGCGGCUCUGGGAUCCAGCCACCAGAGUCGGGUGUCGUACCCUGCAGGGCCACAGGAAUUCGGUCAGGGCAGUCGCCUUCUCUCCAGAUGGGCAGACGGUCGCGUCCGCCUCAGAUGAUCGCACCGUGCGGCUUUGGGAUCCAGCCACUAGAGUCGAGCGGCAUACCCUGCAGGGCCACAGGAAUUCGGUCAGCGCAGUCGCCUUCUCUCCAGAUGGGCAGACGGUCGCGUCCGCCUCAGAGGAUCGCACCGUGCGGCUCUGGGAUUCAGCCACCGGAGUUGAGCGUCGUACCCUGCAGGGCCACAAGAAUUCGGUCAGGGCAGUCGCCUUUUCUCCAGAUGGGCAGACGGUCGCGUCCGCCUCAGAUGAUCGCACCGUGCGGCUCUGGGAUCCAGCCACCGGAGUCGAGCGUCGUACCCUGCAGGACCACUGGUAUUCAGGCAGGGCAGUCGCCUUCUCUCCAGAUGGGCAGACGAUCGCGUCCGCCUCAUAUCGCAACGUGCAGCUCUGGGAUCCAGCCACUGGAGUCCAGGGUCGUACCUUGCAGGGCCACAGGAAUCAGGUCAGCGCAAUCGCCUUCUCUCCAGAUGGGCAGACAGUCGCGUCCGCCUCAAAUGAUAACACCGUACGGCUCUGGGAUCCAGCCACCGGAGUUAAGCGUCGUACCCAGCAGGGCCUCAGGGAAUGGGUCAACGCAAUUGCCGUCUCUCCAGAUGGGCAGACGGUCGCGUCCGGCUCAGGUGAUGGCACCGUGCGGCUCUGGGAUCCAGCCACCGGAGUUAAGCGUCAUACCCUGCGGGGCCUCAGGGAUCAGGUCAGGGCAGUCGCCUUCUCUCCAGAUGGGCAGACGGUCGCAUCCGCCUCAUUUGAUGGCACCGUGCGGCUCUGGGAUUCAGCCACCGGGUACGAAAAGGACAAACAUCAUCUUGGCGUAACACUAAUUACCUUGUCAUUCUCGGACAAUGGCUGUCUCAAGACUGACUGCGGUUCACCUUCUUUGAACCACCAAAUUCCCGACUUCAUUGAACAGCAGGAAAAUGAAAUAUUCACUAUCGGGCGACAUGUGCGGCUAUCAAUAGGAACAGUGUGGUUCUUGGUCAUAGAUCAGGGUGCUUGA